AUGAUGGCAUCCAUUUUGAGAACCCUUGUUUUAUUCCAAUUAUUUUUGAGUGUUGUUUCAUCAAUGAGUCUACUCGAUGCAUACAGAUCAGAAAAAUUGACGAGAAGAAGAAUCGGAAUGUUGAACACUGAUUUCCGACCGAUUUCGCAUUUGAGAGGAGAAGAUGAUUGGGUAAGUUGCAAACAAACAAAAUCGGCCGAAACAAUUUGACCUUCUUCGUUUUUUUCAGCAAAAGCAAAUCAAUGAUAACUUUUCACCAAACCAGUUCAUGGACGAAAACGGUGUUGUCUAUGACAUGGACCCUACUAUCAAUGAUAGAAUUUCAACAUUCUUCAAUACACAAAGAAUCAACAACAGUAGAUUUGGUCGCAAGAAGAGAAGUUAUGUCUUCCCACGUGCAUUCAGACAUGUUGCUCACUGA